UUGUUAAAUAAAAACUUCUUAGAAAUUACGGUUACCAUGCGUUCUUGAAAUAUGUUUUAUCCGAUUUCUUAAAAUUUUGGGUCGGUAUAAUUAACCUCCCAUCCCUGGUCGUGGUCAUGUGAGUAUUUCUUUGAAAGAAACUUUACGGUUCGUUUCUUUGCUUCAUAGCUUGUGCUAUAUUCUGAUUCUGAGGAUUACUUUGCUAUAAAACACCGGUUGGUUAGAGCUUCUUGAUCCGGUUUUAGCGUGCGGUUUACCGGAAGCGACUAUGGUUCAGAAAGUUGUGGACUUUGUUUAUAUUUUUGUACACAGAAUGUGCCAUACAUGCGUCCAAUGAUGUCAUGAUGUGGUUCAUCAGCUUCAGCAAUUGAUCCCACUAUCAGAGAUUUAGUUAUUCAGCUAUUGGUCCCACCAUCAGAGACUUAGUUUUCAGCCUUAGAAAUGUGAUAAAGGGAAAAACGAUGUCGUGUCAAAGAAGCUUCUAGGAGUUGUAGCUAGCUAAUAGCUUGUGAACCAAGUCUCUAAGAACUUACUCACUAAGGAUAAUAGUACUUUAUUUCAUCUACAAAAAGCCAAAACCCAAAAGCAUUAUAGAGAAUAUUCAAACAUUUACUAAAACAAACAAAAAAUAUCAUAGUCUCUAGCAUCUCAGAAAAACUGUCUUUUUUGGUUCCUUGCUUCAUAGCUUUCGCUAUAUUCUGAUUCGAUCUUGAUUCAAAACGAAAAGAUGAUUUGCUGUUACUUCAAACCAAAGUUCUACAAGAAAUGCAAACAUUUGAUCAAGUUCAUCAAGAUUCGGCUCAAUAUACAGAGGAAAAAGAAGAACGCUAUGGUUAGCUUCUUGAAGACAGAUAUAGUGGAGAUUCUCAAGACCGGCCAAGAAGAUGAUGAAAGAGCUUAUAAAAAAGUAGAAGAAAUACUCGAAUACCGUCAAAUAAUAGCGUCUUAUGAUCUAAUUGAGAGAUUUUGUAACUGCAUCUCUUCUAAUCUCACGUUAAUGCUGAAGCAAAGGGAAUGUCCCGAAGAAUGCAGAGAAGCUGUAUACUCUCUUAUAUAUGCAGCAGCAUGGGUUCGCAAAGUACCUGAACUUAAAGAUCUUAGAGCUUUGUUUACGCGUAGAUAUGGAGAUCCCGUUGAUGUAAAUCAAGAGCUUGUUGAGAAACUUGUAUGGCGAAAACCUUCAAGGGAAGUUAGGGUUCAGACAUUGCAAGAGAUUGCUCAAGAGGCUAAGAUCAGUUGGGAUUCUUUGUCCAAAGGCAGUUUGAGCUCCAGUUCAAGCUCGAGUUCUAAAAGAAGAGAAUCGGUGAAGAAGAUUUUUCCUUACAAGAAACAAGGAGCACAAAACGAUGAACAAGGGCACGACGAGAAGAAAGAGAAGAGUACUGUUCAAGAAAAGUCGAGGUUGCGCGGACCCCAAGGCAGUGCGAGUCUCACAAGCACAAGCAGUAACGAAGUUUCCUCAACAAAAGAUUACAAGAGAAAGUCGUUGUUCCAGAGACCGAAGAUUCUUGAUUAUGAUGAAGUGGUGGCUCGUCUAGCUGACCUUCGCCGAAGCUAGGAGAUAGUUAAUUAGUAUAGUAAUUAGGGUUUCGUUUCGUAAUUAGGUCUAUAUAUGUACUUUAGUAAAUAGAUUUCGUGAAACAAUUAAAGGCAUAUUUUUUUAA